AAGGAAAUUAUUACUAUGGACCAGCCCAAAUAAAAGGUCUAUUGGUACAAUUACCUAUAUUCCAUGGAAAAGAAAGAGAAAAUGUAAUAACUUGGUUAUUGCAAGUUGAUCUACUAUUCAAGGCACGAAAGGUAGAAAGUAUAGAAGAAGAAGACAAGAUACUUAAUUUCGUAAAAGGCCUAAAACUAGCAACCAAGGCCAAAGUCAGUUACCGAGUAUCUGAAAGCCUUGAGAAUGCAAUGUGA